UAAUGUUUAAGAUAUAAAUUAACAUUUAACGAGUUUGUGCUUCUUCCCUCGUAAAUACGCAAAUAGUUCCCUCUAAAAUAAGUGUAAAGCGUGGGCUCUUCGACACGAAGUGAAUUAAUCAACCGAUUUCUUGUUGAAACUUGCUCAAGAAAAGACAAUAAACAAUGUCUAAACACGCGAAAAAAGGUGUGAGUCCAAGUUUAGCGGACGCUUGGUUGGAUGGAUUAGGAUUUUAUCGAAAAAAUGUUGCAUAUGAUGAAACGUGUUUGUUCAGGGCAGUUUCCGAACAGUUAUAUUCGUGUCAAAUUUACCAUCAAAAGUGUCGCCAACAAGUUAUUGAUUACGUUAAAGAAAAUUGGGAACAAUUUGAGUUUAUUUUACCUAAAAAUAAAUUAUUUAAGCACCUCGAUUUAUUAGAAAAACAUAUGGUGGUUUGUGGAAACCUAGAAAUUCAAAUAAUUAACAAAACUUUUAAGAGAAACAUAAUCAUUUUUAAAGCAAACAGCCAAAGUAUUGAAAAAAUCGCUCAUAAUGGAUUUAAUGACACCUUACGGUUGUGUCUUAUGGGUAACGAUCAUUAUGAUGCAGUCUAUAUUAAAGAUUAUAUUCAAACAGCAGGUUUUUGUCAAUCUAUUGCUUAUAGUUUACUUUAUGAGAAAGUUUUUGAUAUGAAAGAUGUCUCAGAAAUUGUUAAUACAAUGUUAAACAGCAACACUUUCAUUGCUAGCAACAGUAAUAAUAGUAAUAACUCAUUGAGGGAUGAUCAUACUCGUAGAAAAAAUUCAAAUAGAUAUUAUAAAUCUAGCAAAAAUAAAGAUGUGAUGAUUGAAAGCGAAUAUAAACACAUGUUGGAGACUAAAAUUACUCCUUUUGCAUUCAGAGUUGCAAAAUCUUUAGAUCCUAAUAUUUAUAGAAACAUUGAGUAUGAUACAUGGAUUGAAAUGAGAAAAGAAAUGCGUUUGGGUUCUUGGUAUUACGGUGAUGGAAAUUUGAUUAGAGGAACUAGAUGCCUUCUAAAAUCAUGUGAGGGUACAUUGCAAUGUUAUAUCCAAGAUUUAGAGAAGCACAAUGAUCAAUGUGUUGUUUAUAUAACAAGUUUAGCUGAGAGAAGAGUUGUUAAAUACACAGAUUUAAAUCCUGAACCGGAUGCAAAACCAUGGCCGUUACCAUAUCGUUUUACAACUCGUUCAAACACGCCAACGUCUUUAACUAACGAAGUUAUUCCAUCAAAUGAUUUAAAUAAUUACAGCACUAAUAUCAUGAAAGAUAAAAAGGAGAUUAUAAAAGGGCAAAUAGCUAAAGGAAACAAAAGUAAUAAGAAGAAUCAAGGUAAAAUUGGUAAUAGAAAUGUUCCUGCUUUAACUCUUCCAAUUAAAACUGAUUUAAAUGAUAAUAACAUUAAAAAUUUUGAAGGAUCUCCAUUG